CUACGCCUCGCCUCUCUCUGAUUUCCCAAUCCCACCCUCGCCCCUGCCCCCAAUUUCUCUCUUUUCCUUCUUGCCCUUCCUCCCAAAUCUCCUUUGCUUUUUUCCGAUCUUCUCCUUCCUACCUCCAUUACCCGCCAACUCCUCAUCUUUUUGAAUUCUCGUUACCUUCUCCUUCUCUAUUCCUUCCCGUUUGCUCAAGAAUGUCGCACAACGGAGCAAAACCCUAACGCUCCUAUUGGAUUCCGCUCACUCGGUCUCUGCACUUGGCUUUUUCUUCAGUUUUCACCCCUACCCAGUUCGCUUUCUUAAGUUGGUUGCUCAUUCAGAGGUGGGUUCCUGCUGCAAUUUCAGAAUGAAUUGUUUCCUUCUAGGGUUUCUGUAGGUUGUUCGCGCGCGUGUCUAUUUGUGGGUUUUCCGUGGUUGAUUGUUUGGAAUUCUGCGUUCUACUACUUCAAUUUCGUUUCUGCUGCUUUCUUCUUUACUUCAUUACCCAGUUCUUUUUUUUUUGUUUGUUUAUCCAAGAUGAAUUUUUUGGUCCAUCGUCUUUCAACUAGCUGUUUUAUGGUUGUUGAGAAGACAAUUGUUUGUUGAUUAGGUUGCCGAUUCUUCUGUACGAGAUUCGAAAGCUUACUGCUUUCGCUGGUAAUUUGUGCACUCGAUUCAACGGAUGAAAGUGGCGGCCACGGCUUAGGCUCGGGCUAUCAAUUGUCUGCUUCUAUAGGUAUGUUUCUGUUAACCCUGUCGAAACUGGAAAUUCUUAGUCCAGUGAAUCACAGUGGCUGUGAAAAGAAAUAGUAUUUUCAUCAUCCUUUAACCCUGCAGUGCAGUUUUUUUCUAAGAUGGGUCAUCAGUGGUUGUGUCACUCAAUGUUAUGAAUCUGCAAUUUCAACUUUGAAUCAACAUUAUGAAGGACCUUCAGUUAAGGAUUUUCAGUCUAGUCGUGGAAGCUGUAAGGUUUACCAUUUGAGUGUCUUUUGCUUUUGGUUUGCAGGUAGAGUAUUGAGGGACAAUUGAUUCACUACUCCUAUCAGCAAAACCGUAGUUCUUUCUGGGGGAGUAUAAUUGUCACAGCUGUCAGCAUACCGGAAUUAACCUUUUUCAGAUGGCUGAACAUGAAGUUAUAUUUGGACAGAAUCACAAUGUAGGGCUUAGGGAGAAUCAACAACUGGAUUUAGGCCAUAAUCAUGGUCAAGAUCUGUCCCAAAGUCAUGAUAGUCUGGAAUUGGGACAAGGACACGACCAUCGUCACCUGGAUCUGGGACAGUCUCAAGAUCAUGACGAACUGGGCUUAGGGCAUUCCCAUGACCACGAAUUGGGAUUGGGACAGACCAAUGGCCAUGAUGAAGCAGAUUCCGGUCACAGUUAUGGGCACGAAAACGAGUUAGGAGGCAUUGAUCGGAAACCCGAGCCAGUUGGGCACGAGCUGGCACUUCCUGUACAGGGUCGUCAACUGGUUUUAUCUGAGAACAACCACGAAUCACCUGUUUCUGAUGAUGACCAAGAACUUGUUGCUCACCUGGAACUUGCUGUGCAGGAAGGCGAUGAGGAAAUGGGAAUGCAAGAACAUAGUGAUGAUUUGUCAAUGGACCAGUCCCUUGUCUUCCAUACACCUGUCCUUCAAGCCCGCACAGUUCUUGCAGGCCCCAGCUAUGAGUUGAAAGUGGGGCAAGAGUUCCCAGAUGUGAUCAGCUGCCGCAGGGCACUGAGGGACACAGCAAUUGCCCUUCAUUUUGAAAUGCAAACCAUAAAAUCGGACAAAACCCGAUUCACAGCUAAGUGUGCAACUGAAGGGUGCCCCUGGCGGAUUCAUGCUGCAAAACUCCCUGGUGUCCCUACUUUCACAAUCAGAACCAUACACGAAUCUCACACCUGUGGUGGAAUCUCUCACCUUGGUCAUCAACAAGCCUCUGUUCAGUGGGUUGCAAGCUCUGUGGAGCAGCGACUUAGGGACAACCCUAAUUACAAACCCAAGGAGAUACUGGAAGACAUUCAUCGCACUCAUGGGAUCACUUUAUCAUACAAGCAGGCAUGGAGAGGGAAAGAGCGUAUCAUGGCUGCCAUGCGUGGCUCCUUUGAAGAAGGAUAUCGAUUGCUACCACAAUACUGUGACCAGGUUAAAAGAACCAACCCUGGAAGUAUUGCAGCGGUAUAUGGGAACCUAACAGAUAAUUGCUUCCAGCGUCUCUUCAUAUCAUUCCAGGCUUCAAUCCAUGGGUUUUUGAACGGCUGCAGGCCUCUCCUUGGACUGGAUAGAACGUAUCUAAAGAGCAAGUACCUGGGCACGUUGCUUCUUGCUACUGGCUUCGAUGGGGAUGGUGCUCUAUUUCCAUUGGCAUUUGGUGUGGUUGAUGAGGAGAACGAUGAUAACUGGAUGUGGUUUCUCUCUGAACUUCAUAACCUUCUCGAGGUAAACACUGAAAACAUGCCCAGGCUUACAAUUUUGUCAGACAGGCAAAAGGGCAUCGUUGAUGGAGUUGAAGCCAACUUCCCAACUGCUUUCCAUGGGUUCUGCAUGCGCCACCUGAGUGAAAGCUUCAGAAAGGAGUUCAACGACACAAUGCUGGUCAACCUAUUAUGGGAAGGUGCUCACGCUCUAACCGUCAUUGAAUUCGAAGCCAAAAUCAUUGAGAUUGAGCAGAUAUCAGAAGAUGCAGCAUACUGGAUACGCAGAAUACCCCCAAGGCUAUGGGCCACGGCUUACUUCGAAGGAACCCGAUUUGGUCAAUUGACUGCGAAUAUCGUGGAUUCGUUGAACCCUUGGAUCCUUGAAGCCUCAGGGCUUCCUAUAGUCCAGAUGAUGGAAUGCAUAAGGAGGCAGCUGAUGACUUGGUUCAAUGAACGACGCGAGACCAGCAUGCAGUGGACAUCAAUACUUGUACCAUCUGCCGAGAGGUGUGUUGCAGAGGCUCUCGAGCGUGCGAGAAGCUAUCAGGUGCUGCGAGCCAACGAAGCCGAGUUUGAAGUUAUAUCUCACGAGGGGACGAAUAUAGUGGACAUAAGAAACCGGUGCUGCUUGUGUCGGGGCUGGCAGAUCCAUGGCUUACCCUGUGCGCAUGCUGUGGCGGCACUUCUCUCAUGCAGACAGAACGUGCAUCGUUUCACUGAGAGCUGCUUCACCGUGGCGACUUAUAGGAAGACGUACUCGCAGACCAUCCACCCGAUACCGGAUAAGAUCGUGUGGAAGGAACUUGCAGAUGCUGAUCCCAAUUCGAGCAGUGCUGUUGAGAUUGUGAUCAACCCACCCAAGUCGCUUAGGCCGCCAGGGAGACCAAGGAAGAAGAGGGUGCGGGCGGAAGAUCGUGGGCGGGUCAAACGGGUGGUGCAUUGCAGCAGGUGCAACCAGACGGGUCAUUUCAGAACGACGUGCGCAGCUCCCAUAUAGUAGGAUAUCUCUAUCGACUGUGAAUGGAAGGUUCCUUUUAGCAGAUUUGGUUGAAGGAGGAAGUCUUGUAAUUGAGCUUAUUUAUAAUGUGCGAAGAGUAUGGCUUCUAUCCUUUUACUAGAUUUCUUAAUGUAGGAUGGUAUGUAUUAGUUGUUAAGAGUAGUAGCUAGUUAGUAGAAAUUGCAGGAGGUGGGGUUUUACUCAAUUAUGUCACUUUAUUGAGCAGCAUUUCUGGUGCUUUUAAGAGAGAUAAGUUGAUGGAUCACUGCAAUAAAACCGAAGUCUAUGA